AUGGGGUUGGACAAGGCUGUUUAUGGUGCUUGUCAUGGAUUGUUGUGUUUACUUGAUCCUUCAAAGGAUAAGGCUGCCAUUUGGAACCCAUCAACCAGAGAGUUUAAAAUCCUUCCACCAUCUUCAAUCCAACGCCCUCCAUAUUUUUCACCAUUCGAAGAAACCUACCUUACUUUAGAUGACGUUUCUUUUGACCACGCUUCUUUUGGGUUUGAUUCUAAAACUGAUGACUACAAAGUCAUACGAUUUGUUACUCUUACUUUUGUUAAUAGUGAAGAACAAUAUCCACAUCCUCAUUUUAUGGACCAAGUUGAGUUGUAUUCUCUUAGAAGUAAUUCCUGGAAGGAAAUUCCAUGUCCUGAUUAUAAACCAACUGAAACAACUUUGGGAAAUAAUUAUGUAGACGGAAUUUGCUAUUGGAAAACAGAGACAGGGGCAUAUCUUGAUUUUAGAGGACUAAUUCUUUCAUUUGACAUGGGGAAUGAGAAGUUCUCAAUUUUACCUAUCCCAGAAUUCGUUGGGUCUUUCCCAGAAUACUAUGUUAAUCUAUUGGUGUUUAAUGGAUCACUUGGUGCUAUUGUUUACCCAACGGAAGGAAUUGACACGUCUUUUGAUUUAUGGGUUACAAGUGAAGGAGUGUGGACUAAACAAUUCAAUAUUAAAUCCAUUUCUGGAGUUGUACGCCCAUUGGGAUUUGGAAAAAAUGGUGACUUGUUUCUUAGAGACACAAAUGAUGAAGUACUCCUAUUUGACGCCUGCACCCAAGAGCUUAAGGAGCUUCAGAUUAAUACUUAUCUAGAUCAUUUUCGGUUCACCAUCUCCCUUCAUGCUUAUUUAGAGAGCCUGGUUCGUAUCAAUGGAAUACAAGAGAAUAUUGAGAAACAUGUAAUACGUCAACCAGCGAGAGAUGCAUCAAAUGAAUACUAAAUAUGAAGAAGGCAUGAAAUGGAUACUGAAUAUGAAGAGGGAUGCGGAGCUAGAACAUAUAUGUGUAAGAUGUAAUAGGAAUUUUUUGUUGUGAGCUUCUUAAUAUUGCUGUUAUUGUUUGGGUUAUAUGUUUGAGAUGUUAACUAUUUCCUGGUUUCUGUAUUUGGAGAAUUGUUCAGUUUAUAUUUGGUUUUUGUUGGUUAGA